AUGUCGGACACUAUCAUAAAGAUCAUGUCUGAUUUACGCAAAGGAAUCACUGAAGGCGUCUUAAGCACCAUAGACGCGCGUAAAUCUGCCAUCCAGAGUGUUCUUGCGCUAUUAACUGAACAUGAAGAAGACAUUAUCCAAGCUUUGGAGAAGGAUCUCCACAGGUGCCGAACUGAAGCUUUUCUUGCGGAUAUAGAUCCUUCAAUUGGGGAAGCAAAGACUAUGCUUUCUAAUAUUGAUUCGUGGUGCAAAGAAGAGUCGGUCCCAACGUCAUUCAUCACGUUAAUGGAUACAGUUACGAUUCAAAAACAGCCAUAUGGUGUGGUUUUAAUUAUAAGUCCCUGGAACUUCCCUUUCAUUCUGGCGUUUCAGCCGCUAGUUGGCGCAAUAGCUGCUGGAAAUAGUGUUCUUCUUAAACCGUCCGAAAUGAGUCCAGCAUGUUCGCAGCUGAUUGCUCAGCUUAUCCCUCAGUAUUUAGAUAAACGUAUAUGUCAAGUCAUUUGUGGAGAUGGAAGUUUGUCCAAGAUGAUUCUGGAGACUCAGCGUUUUGACUUGAUAUUUUACACGGGUGGUACAACCAUCGGUCGUGAAGUUUAUAUUGCCGCUGCGAAGCAACUCACUCCUGUAGUUUUGGAACUUGGGGGAAAAUGUCCGGUGUAUAUUGACUCAAAUGUCAGUCUGGAUGCUGCUGUCAAGCGUAUUAUCUACAGCAAACUUUUGAAUUGUGGACAGAUAUGUGUUGCUGCUGAUUAUUUAUUAUGUCACGAAAAAAUACUACCUGCUCUGAAAGAGAAAAUUGAAGAAACUAUUAAGCAGUUUUUGGGCGAUAAUCCUCAAGAAAGUCCUGAUUAUGCACGCAUCAUCAAUGUCAAACAUUUUCAGCGUCUUACAAAUCUACUGAAGCAAACCAAUGGUAAAGUUGUUAUUGGUGGUGUGUCAGAUGUGGAUAACAAAUACAUUGCACCAACUGUUGUAUUUGAUGUUGACGAAGAGGAUAUAUUAAUGCAAGAUGAGAUCUUCGGACCAAUUCUUCCUGUUUUGUCUGUAAAAUCGCAUUCUGAAGCGAUUCGGAUAAUAAAUUCCAAAGAAAAACCUUUAGCCGUUUACGUGUUUACCCGAAACAAAUCAGUAUUUGAUGAUUUCAAAAUGUCCACAUCUAGUGGUGCGAUUAUGAUGAAUGAUUGUAGUGUACAUACUCUCAUACCAGAUAUCCCAUUUGGUGGUAUUGGUUACUCUGGAAUAGGAAGUUACCAUGGUCGUUAUUCGAUUGAAACCUUCUCCCAUCGUCGCCCAGUUAUCCUCAAGUCAGAAGUGGAACGCAUAAAUAACAAAAUCCGUUAUUAUCCGUAUACUGAAAGUGGUCUGAGUUGGUUGCGUUGGAGUGUAAAGAAAUCAGAUAGAAUUGGCUGCCAAAUAUUAUGA